AUGGCUCCAACAGGACAGUCGUGGGCGGUGACCACGGCGUGGCACGUCUGUGUGGCGAUUGGGGACCCCGGGGGCCGGCAGCAGGGACCGCGACAGUCGCCUGCUCUCGCCCGCAGGCUGCUGCAGAGCUGUCACGACGACAGUUUGAAUGUCGCGCUGCCCCUGAGGAUGCUUGAGGUGUUCUCGUCCGAGAGCACCUACUUGCCUGCUUUACAAGACGCGAGCUGUGUGGUGUCGGUCAUUGAGCAGAUUUUGCACUACGUGGUCCAGAACGGGUAUUACAGGUCUCUCUGUUUGUUGAUUAACAGACGCCGCCAGGCAGCUGCUCACCGGCGCCUCCCCCCCAGGCUCCUGUACAGCCUGGCCUUCAACGCCCGGUUCCUGCGGCACCUGUGGUCCCUGGUGUCCUCUAUGACCACGCGGAUGAUCACGGGUUGCCGUCGGCCUUCUCCGCUGGCCGUGGGGGUGCCGGGCGCCGCGGGGCCGCCUGACGCUCGCCCUCUGCAGGUCAUCACCAACCUGGUGAAGAUGCUCAAGGCCAGAGACACCCGGAGGAAUUUCUGCCCCCCGAACCACUGGCUGUCGGAGCAGGAGGACAUCCGAGCGGACAAGGUGCGCGGCCCUCGCCCGGCGGCUCCUGGCCUCCCGGCGGCAGCGGGCGCCUGGCAUCUGACCCCGCCCUGCCCUCUGACCGCCCCAGAGCCCGCCCUGAAGAAGCGCGUCCGCGUGCACCUGCUCAACGCCCACGGCCUGGACGAGGCGGGCAUCGACGGGGGCGGCGUCUUCCGUGAGUUCCUCAACGAACUGCUCAAGUCGGGCUUCAACCCCAACCAGGGGUUCUUCAAGACCACCCACGAAGGUCUGCUGUACCCCAACCCGGCUGCCCAGAUGCUUGUGGGGGACUCCUUCGCCAGACAUUACUACUUCCUGGGCAGGAUGCUCGGAAAGGCCCUGUACGAGAACAUGCUGGUGGAGCUGCCCUUCGCCGGCUUCUUCCUGUCCAAGCUGCUGGGCACCAGCGCCGACGUGGACAUCCACCACCUGGCCUCGCUGGACCCCGAGGUCUACAGGAACCUGCUCUUCCUCAAGAGCUACGAGGGCGACGUGGAGGAGCUGGGGCUCAACUUCACCGUGGUGAACAACGACCUGGGCGAGGCGCAGGUGGUGGAGCUGAAGGCGGGCGGGAAGGACAUCCCGGUGACCAGCGCCAACCGCAUCGCCUACAUCCACCUGGUGGCCGACUACCGGCUCAACCGGCAGAUCCGCGCGCACUGCCUGGCCUUCCGCCAGGGCCUGGCCAACGUGGUCAGCCUGGAGUGGCUGCGCAUGUUCGACCAGCAGGAGAUGCAGGUGUUGAUCUCCGGUGCGCAAGUGCCCAUCAGCCUGGAGGACCUGAAGUCCUUCACCAGCUACUCUGGUACGUGCCCCGCCCCCGCCCGGCGGCACUGGCCAGCCCCUCGCCCGAGGGGAGGACGCCGGGGCCCUCUGCUCCUGAGCCGUUGACCCCAGGAGAGCCUGGCCUUGCGGAAGGGGAGACGGGGGCGCCCCGCCGCCUCCGGGACCCCGGACUCCGGGGAGGGAAGCUGCGCCCUUCCGUAAAACAUGAUUUGUUCAUGCGUACAGAGCUGGGGUGCGGGUCAGGCUUGCGACAGGUGUGAGAACCCCCAUAGUCGACAGAGUGGGGAGCAGAACAGGCAGGGUCCACUGAAAGCCACUGCUGAGGGGCAGCGGCGAGACGGGGGUGGGGGUGUCACUCCCGGGCUGGGGGCGGAGUCGAGCAGCAGCUCAACA